AUGGAGGACAUCAUAAUAACAGAAGUCGAUGUGAAAGACAUAAGGUUUCCAACAUCGUUACUAGCUGACGGAAGUGAUGCUAUGGUAUGUGAUACUUUGAUCUUCCUUUCGAUGACAUACUGUGCUUAGGUAUUUCAGAUUGAUAUUUAAUUUUAUAAACAGUUGUUGUAAUAUAAUAUUCAAUCACAGCACACUAAUCCUGAUUAUUCUUGCGCGUACGUUACGAUCAAGACUAACAAAGGGAUCGAAGGAUAUGGAUUAACAUUUACUUUGGGCAGAGGCACAGAAAUUGGUACAGAUAUUUAUUUAUCUAUUGAAACAACUAUCUACGAAUUAUCAAAAUUUUCUUUAAAAUAUUUCGCAGUUGUACAGGCAUGCAAAUCAAUGUUCUAUUUAGUGAAAGGACAGAAUGCUAAUGAAAUUUUUACGCACUUUGGGUCUUUCUGGAGAAAAUUGACAAGCGAACCGCAACUGAGAUGGGUAAUAUGUUACAAACAUAGCGGGUUUAAAUUAAAAUCGCGCGUUCAAUAUAAACGCGCGUUUCAAAUUCUGCGACAGAUUGGACCAGAAAAGGGCGUUAUUCAUCUUGCUACAGCGGCUAUAAUAAACGGGCUGUGGGAUCUAUGGGCUAGAAUAGAAAAUAAACCUGUUUGGAAGCUACUUACGGAUUUGACUCCUGAACAACUCGUCUCCACGAUUGAUUUUAGAUAUAUCACUGAUGUUAUUACGGAAGAAGAAGCCGUGGAAUUGUUGAAAGUUAAUCAAAAGGAUAAAGAGGAACGUGAAGAAAUACUACGAAAAACUGGAUACCCGGCAUACACAACGCAAGUUGGUUGGCUUGGAUAUAGCGAUGAUAAAGUUAAAGAUCUAUGUACUAAAUUCUUAGCACUUGGCUUUACAUCCUUCAAAGUAAAAGUUGGUCAAAAUCUAACAGACGACAUAACAAGAUGCCAACUGGUACGUGAAGCAAUUGGAUAUAAAAAUAAAUUGAUGCUGGAUGCUAAUCAAAUAUGGAAUAUCAACGAGUCGAUCGAGUGGAUGAAAAAAUUAGCAAAAUUCGAGCCAACUUGGAUUGAAGAACCAACGUCUCCGGAUGAUGUAUUGGGCCAUCUAAAAAUCGCAAAUGAAUUAAGGCCACAUGGUAUUGGUAUCGCGACCGGUGAAAUGUGCGCUAAUCGCGUGAUGUUUAAGCAAUUACUACAAGCGAGAGCAAUUGACUAUUGCCAAAUAGAUUCAGCUAGAAUUGGAGGAGUCAAUGAAAUAUUAGCUGUUUAUUUGAUGGCAAAGAAACUGAACGUUCCAGUGUGCCCACAUGCUGGCGGAGUGGGCUUAUGCGAAAUGGUUCAACAUCUGCAAAUGUGGGAUUUUAUUUGCCUAAGUGCAUCUACUGAAAAUCGUGUGAUAGAAUACAUCGAUCAACAGCAUGAACAUUUUGAAGAUCCUGUACUUGUUCAGAAUGCUUGUUACAUGCCACCUAUCAGUCCAGGUUAUUCAACGAAAUUCAACGAAGACUGUAUUAAAAAUUAUUCAUAUCCGAAUGGGGAAAAGUGGAAGAAUAUGUACGAGCAAGGGCUUUUCCAUAAAUUAUCUGAUUGA